AUGACAGACUCUACAUUCUCUAUCACUGCAAAGAUAUUUCUCCGUUGGACUGCCACGCCGGCCGGGCGUUCUACGGAAUUCAAAUGUGUGGCUAUACGCGGUCUCAGAUGGCGUAUAGAGGAAGUGGCAACGCUAGAAAGCCGACCAGGGGGCGAGAAUUAUCCAGAGAACGAAUCAGUCGAAGAAACAUCAUCCGUCCGCGAGUUAUCAAACGGUAUCCAAAAAGGGUAUUGGGGGACACUACACAAUCCGAUCCUGGCCAACAACCCAACGCACCAGCAGAAGGAUUCCGCAGUCGACAUUGCAUUUGAAGUGAAUAUCCCCAGUGUGGUCAAUCCUGCACCGGGGAUUGAGCCAUCAACUUCCGAAUUUCAAUCUUUGUCACCGGAUUCUCUACCGCAAUCACUGCAAGAAAAGUUCACCUUUCCGAGAAAAGAUAGAACAGUCCUUACCACGGAGCAUCGAUUGAAGCUUGAUGUUUUGAUAAGCGAGGACACAUUUGACGCGUCUAGUCGAAAAUUGGUGGAUCGGAAACCUAUGCGCACCGCACUCAACGCGUCGUUUCCUUUGAGGAUUGUUGAUAAAGCCGAGGCUCAUAUUGAUGAGAUGAUCUUCACGGGAAAUCUGCCACGCUACCAGGAAGUUUCUGAUUCUCCUCCAAAUUACGAAAUCUUCUGA